ACAACUCGAUUCCUAUUCACUUCGUGUUACUCAAUCGUUCAUACCAGCUCAAGAGUCGAGAGCUCUCUCUCUAUCCACUUUGGGGCUGCAAACCCUAGUUAAGAAAUUUCGUCUCUCUCUAAAUUUAUUCAAUCUCUUUCUCUCUGCAAUGGCACCUACUCGUCGGCUGGAGCACGAUGCACAACACAGCUCGUCUUCUGAGGAGGAGGAGGAAGAAUCACGUGAAAAUGUAGCGCGAGAAGACUCAGAAUCUGAAGAAGAAGAAGAAGACAAGAGGUCACCACCUACGCCUCCUAAGGACAAAAAGGCCUCUGCUUUGAAGAAGCCAGAAGCCACCGAAAUCUCGGCGCAAACACUCCAAUCUUCGUCGUCUGAUGAAUCCGGAUCUGAAUCCGACUCCGGCACCGACAAGCAAAUCUCGCUCUCUCGCCGAGCCGACCCUAACAUCAAGCCCAUCUCUUCGAAGCCCAUGGAAGAGACUCCGAAAGCUACUAAGAAACCCAGAUCGAAGCCCAGCGUCACCGUGAAACGGCCGUUGGAAGAGAAAAGCAAUCAGAAGUCGAAAAAGGCAAAGAAGAAGAGGGGUGUAGGGGAUGGGGUUAUUGAAGAGGAUGCGGCGAAGAAGACUGGUGAUGACACGAAGAAGCAGUUGUUUCAGAGGUUGUGGAGCGAAGAGGAUGAGAUUGCUGUGUUGAAUGGUAUGAUCGAGUACACGGCCAAGAAACGGGCCGACCCACUUGCUGAUAUGAAUGCAUUUCAUAAUUUUAUCAAGAAUAAACUUCAUAUUGAUGUAAGCAAGGCCCAAUUGUCUGAAAAAGUUAGGCGAUUGAAGAAGAAGUAUGAGAACAAUGCGAGCAAAGGGAAAAAGGGCGGUGAGCGGAAUAUAACUAAGCCCCAUGAGCAGAAGGCAUACGAAUUGUCCAAGAGGAUAUGGGGUGGUGAAGCUAAUAGUAUAGGUGUUGUUAGCCCAAAGGUUAAUGAGAAAGAAAAGAAGAAUCAGAACCUUAAAAGUAGUAGAGCCGCCCCUUCACCGAUAUUGGAUGCGAAUUCUGAUCCUGAGGUACAGAAUGGAGAAGCUAAGGUGGAUGGUGAGCAAAAAGCAAAGCCGGCCCGGCUGUUCCAGUUCAGUAAAAGCAUUGAUUCAAGUUUGGAAGAUGAGAUUAUAAGGGAUGGGUUAGAGUUGAUUGGAGGUAGCAAGAGGCUAGAGUUGGAGGAGAAGUGGAAGCAGUUGCGGGUGGAAGAGGUUGAGCUUUACUUGAAAAGGGUGGAGUUGGUUCGUGAGCAGACCAAACAUGUGCUGGCAGUGCUUAAAUCACCAGAGCAUUAGAAUCUGAUCAGAUUAUACAACCAACCUGAUGUGGCAAUUAGUGAUCGACAUGAAGACAGAAGAGAGUUCUAUAGUCCCUGUUGGACUCUAUUUAUUAUAGUCUACAAAAACUGAUCGGGUUUUGUAGCAUUUACUCGAAUUAUUAUUUUCUACAGGUAUCUUGUCAAUGGCAUCGUAUCAUUUCAUCAUUAUUGUUGUUGUUGUUGCUGUUUUCUUUUCAGCUAGUUAACAGAUGAAUGCCUUGUUUGCAACUUAUAACAGAGGCUUGAUUAGUCAAGUAAUUGUAUCAUUGUUGUUGUUGUUGUUA